AUGCCGGGGCUGGCCAGGAAGCUUUUGAUUUUUGCUGCUGUGGAUGGGCUCAUUCUUCAGCCUUACAGUUCAUCACAGCGCGGGGCUCCGAGCAACCCGUCCUCUGCUCUACGGAUUGAGUACAAAACUCGCCGUAUAGACUCUGCGCCAUCUUCCUCGAAUUCCGAUGAUGCUUGCUUGGAGUCUCAUGGAGUAAUUGGCUUGCUCUCUCUUGCAUCAUUCUCAUUCUUAAUAUCCAUUACCCAACGCCAGCAGGUGGCUCAGAUCUUUGGAAAGCCUAUUUUUGCAAUUACAAGUGUAGCUAUCAUUCCUCUUUCCUCUCAGGCGGAGGCAACCAAAGCGAUCAAUCAGGCCCAUGCCCAGAUAGCGUCCAACAAGGAUAAAGCUACCCAGAAUGAUAUCGAGACCCAGUCUUUGGAGAGCGACUCCGAUCUGUCCACCGGCCGCAGUAGUGAGGAUAUCGAUCUAGAAGGCUUGGAUUCGACAGAUCGAGGAAUAUAUCCCCCGUUGGGCAGUAAGGGUAGUAAGGGAAGCACUAUUGCCGAGGACGUUAUUGAAAAGCGGGGACGGUACGGCAGGUUCACUUCCCGCUGGUUUUCCAAACAUGGGUGGGCGGGAGAGAACAGCCCUCAGAAUAGGGGAUUUCAAGAGAUAAUGGAUCCUGCUGCAGAAGGGUCCAUCGGAGGAAGGAAGAGUGGGGAUUAUAUCGAUGAAAUCCUGGAACUUGAUGACCUUUCACCCACUGGACAGAAAGCUUCUUCUGAUCCCCAAGGAAUUGCCACGCCAGCCACAGGAACGGCAACAUGCGAGUUAAUGCCCAAAUUUCUGCGCUAUGCGAAGAUGAUGUUCAGUUCAAACAGUUUUUAUUUUUCUUAUGAUUAUGACAUUACUCGAAAGUUUGGUGCCCACGACCCUCAAAUGUCACCAGUACCACUGCACAGGAUGGCAGAUCCCUUGUAUUUCUGGAACCGAUAUUUGAUGAGCCCUUUCAUUGAGAGUGGAUACCACUCGUUGGUCCUUCCGCUGAUACAGGGCUUUGUUGGACAGAAGGAGUUCACUGUUACGAAGUCCACCAAAUCGCCAGCCGCUCAGGAUACAACUAUUACCCUAGUAGCUGAUGUCGAUAAUAACGCACCAGAUGUCCAUGCUGAAAAUGAGGGCGAAUGCGAUAAAUUUCUUCUUACUUUAAUUUCACGACGAUCAGUAAAACGCCCAGGGCUUCGAUAUCUUCGAAGAGGAGUGGAUGAUGAAGGCAAUGUCGCAAACUCUGUGGAGACAGAGCAAAUUUUAUCUAGGCCGUCAUGGAACCCAGCGGACAAUAUAUAUUCGCUGCUCCAGGUUCGUGGAUCAAUACCGCUUUACUUCUCCCAGUCUCCUUACUACUUCAAACCCAUACCUGUUCUCCGCCACUCCAUCGAAACCAAUCAAGCGUCGUUCGCUCGGCAUUUCCGCGACCUUAGCAGGCGGUAUGGCGAAAUCCAAGCCAUUAGCCUCUUGGAUAAACACGGGGUGGAAGUUAAAAUUGGAGAGACAUACGAAAGUUUCGUGGACAUAUAUAAUCGUCGCAACAAUGCGGACUCACACAAAAUUGGAUUCGACUGGUUUGACUUUCAUGCAGAAUGUCGUGGAAUGAAAUUCGAAAACAUCCAGUGCUUAGUUGAUUCCAUAUCGGGGACACUAGACCGAUUUGGAAGCACCGUCAUACAAGAUAAUAUUGUGUUGAAAAGUCAGUCCGGCAUCAUCAGGACAAAUUGUAUGGACUGUUUGGAUCGUACUGGUGUUGCACAAUGUGCGUUUGGACAACGAGCAUUAGAAAAGCAACUCGAGAGCGAGGGCUACUCGAUCGACCUACGGACUAGCACAUCUACACAAUGGUUCAACGUUUUGUGGGCUGAUAAUGGGGAUGCCAUAUCGAAACAGUACUCCUCAACAGCUGCCCUUAAAGGAGAUUAUACCAGAACUAGAAAACGAGAUGUUCGCGGAGCGCUCAACGACCUCGGGCUAACCCUCUCGCGCUACUUCAACAAUAUAGUCAACGAUUACUUCUCCCAAGCUUGUAUCGACUACCUCCUGGGAAAUGUCACAACCCGUGUUUUCGACGAGUUCGAGAUGAACCUAAUGUCCGCUGAUCCAGGGAUAUCUAUCGAAAAAGUACGGCAGCACGCCAUCGACACCAGUUGCCGGAUCGUGAUAAGCGACGAGUCCGAGGAACUUGUGGGAGGCUGGACGGUUUCAAGCCCGCACCGGCCUAAUACAUUGCGGUCAUUGCCGUUUGAACAGUCUGUCCUUUUACUGACGGAUGCUGCUGUCUACUGCUGUCGUUUUGACUGGGACACGGACAAAGUUACUUCCUUCGAGCGCAUCGACCUUCGCUCCAUUACCAACAUCAAUUACGGCACUUACAUUACCUCAACUUUAACCGAUGCCCAAAUGGACCCGAACCAUAAUGUCGGUGUCGUUAUAACUUACCAACCAGGCGCGACAAAUAUGCUACGCGUAAACACACGCUCCCUCCACAGCCUCUUUGACCAGAUAUCACAACUAUCCCCUGCAUCCACUGAAUCUGCCACGAACAAUCCCCUGACCCCAGGACCGGAUUGGGACAUUACCUCACUAUUCAAAACGAGCGGCAGUGGCAACAGUAGACUCCCAGCCUCGCGCAUUUUGGCGUUCAAAAUCCUCCCACAAACUAACAUAGCUGCAAGGAAUGCCCUGGAUAACGUGCAGGUCAGUGAAAAGGACGCUGCGCGUGCUCUCAGCGAAGAGAUUGAGCGCACUUGCAUGCGGGGCGCGCCGGAUAAAAACGGCGCCGCCGAUACAGGCGACUCGGGGCGUGUUGAUAAACAUACAAUCGUUGAAGAGAGGGAGAUCAUCUCAACGGCUGGUGCGAAGAAACGGACGGGAUAUUUGGAGCAUUUGGUAUUUGAUAUUAAGAAGCUAGUAUGGGCUUGAGGUUUUGCUGGUGGCUCUCUCUUGGACAUCAUUCUCCCUUCCGGCACGGGCGAUGAGGGUGUGGAUUCCCAAUUUUGAUUUCAACUUUUUCCUCUUUUCUUUUUAAUUAUUUAUUUUUUAUUUGGUGAUUUUG